GGCGGAAGUCUUAGUGCAGGAUUACAAUUUAAUGCUAGUGUUGGGGUUGACACACUAGACUGGCCUGAACAAAAACGAUUGACAAUAAUCCACUCAUCUGUUGACCAUGGCAGCUCUAAAGUAUGCAGGCAUGGAUGACACCGAUAGUGAGGAUGAGUUACCCCCCGGGUGGGAAGAGAGGUCCACGAAGGAUGGAUGGGUAUACUUUGCCAACCAUGACGAAAUGAAGACCCAGUGGGAACAUCCUAAAACAGGGAAGAAGAAACGUUGUGCUGGAGAUCUACCAUAUGGAUGGGAGCAGGACACAGAUGAUAAAGGACAGGUGUUCUAUGUUGACCAUAUCAACAAGCGGACCACUUACUUUGACCCGCGGCAGGCCUUCACUGUGGAGGACGUGGUCGUGAAGCCCAAGCGUUACGAUGGCAACACCGCCGCCCUGGAGAUCCUGCAGGGUCGUGACCUCUCAGACAAGGUGGUCCUCAUAACUGGUGGCAACUCUGGCAUCGGUUUUGAGACGGCAAGGUCCUUUGCCCUCCAUGGGGCCCAUGUGAUCCUGGCCUGCAGGAACCUUUCCAGGGCCAGCAGGGCUGUGGGCCUCAUCCAGGGGGAGUGGCACAAGGCCCGAGUAGAAGCCAUGAUGCUGGACCUGGCUUCUUUCCGCAGUGUUCGGGAGUUCUCGGAUUCCUUCAAGGCUAAAAACCUGUCCUUACACAUCCUGGUGUGUAACGCAGCGGUGUGCACUCAGCCCUGGCGCCUGACUGAGGACGGCCUGGAGUCCACCUUCCAGAUAUGCCACCUAGGUCACUUCCUGCUGGUCCAAUGCCUACAGGAAGUGCUUCGACGCUCAGCCCCUGCCCGUGUGGUGGUGGUCUCCUCAGAGUCACACAGGUUCACAGACCUGCUGGGUUCUGGGGGGAAACUGGACCUGACUGUGCUGUCCCCUCCCCCGGAGCGCUACUGGUCCAUGCUGGCCUACAACCGGGCCAAGCUCUGCAACCUCCUGUUCUCCUGUGAGCUGCAGCGACGCCUCUCACCCCACGGAGUCACCGCCAACGCAUUGCACCCUGGGAACAUGAUGUACACGUCCAUCCAUCACAGCUGGUGGGUGAUGACCCUGCUCUUCACCAUGGCACGCCCCUUCACCAAGUCCAUGCAACAGGGAGCAGCCACCACGGUGUACUGUGCCGCGGCCCCAGAGCUGGAGGGACUGGGAGGGAUGUACUUCAACAACUGCUUCCGCUGCCUGCCCUCGUCCCAGGCCCAGGACCAGAGCACUGCCGCCAGCCUGUGGGAGCUAAGCGAGCGCCUGGUCUCAGAGAGGCCUGCUGGCCUACAGGCCCUCUGAUACAACAGGCCUGCAUGAGUCACCAACCAACCACAGUUUGGAAGGAGGCCCAGCUAACCAGGAUUGGGGGAGACCAUGGCGAUGAAGAACUGUGAUAACUGCACUGUUGCCAAACCAUUUGGACACUUUACUAUGAGGUCUAAAAUACACCUAGAAAUGCAGUUGGAGACAGAAGAAGCUCACAUACUGCAGGUUCAGCAUAGACAAGCAUCUCUGCCACUUUUUCAUUGCCUGCCAUGAGUCCUCUGUGUGUGUGGGUGUGUGAGAUGGUGGGUGUGAGUGUGUGUCCAACCUGUAAAUAGUGUUUCUGCAAUUGAGGAGCGUCCAGUCCAGGCUGUCGCCAUAGAGACACUGAUCCAUCAUUGUGCUAAUUCUUACGAGGAAAAUCAAAGACAGAAAACAGGAAGACUGAUAUAUACAAUACAUACACAGUAGCAGUGGACCUGUUUUGAUUUUAUACUGUACAAUAUUUACACCUAAUUUUCUCUCCAGAAUUGUGUGGGACAUCAUCUGAGGUCUCCCUAUUGGUCAGCCUAAAGACAGUAGAACACUGAGGAGCUGCAGUACGCACUGUGUCCAUAGCAACGAGGGUUGAGGAGGAGAGCCCAGGGCGGAGUUAUGUUGGGGAGGAUGGGGGGAGGAGGUUUGCAC